CCUCUCACCCGCCAUUGAAUCAACCCCAAAACCAGCAACGACGCCUUUUCAUUUCGCGAGAUAAAUCAAUAGAACAAUUGUUUGGAUGUUAAAUUGGAGUUUGGGUUGAUGUUAGUUUAUUUAUUUCGGAAUUAAAGACUUUGGUUAGUUACUUCAGAUAUUAAGAGCUCCAUCAUUACCAUGUGGAUUGCAGCAGCAUCGACGUCGAUUUCUACCUUGUCUUUCUUUAAUAUACAAUGCUCUGAUUCUAACCCUAAACGGGGCUUUGGUCCCAGAAAAUCCACGCCAAAGGCAAACAAGACUAGCACAUCAAGCGAGAAGGGUUUGAAUUUACAAUCAAGGAAAUCAGAUAGUAAGCAGUCUGGUCCUUCACCUGCGCAGGCUCCUGGUUUAAGUGUUCAAUUUGAUGGGAAAUCUAACAGCAACUCCUUGGACAUUGACUUUGAGGAAAGGCUUGCAGCAAUUAGAAGGGCUGCAGUUGAACAGAAAAAGGCGGAGGAGCAGAAAGAUUUUGGACCAAUUGACUAUGAUGCACCUGUUGAACCAGAGAAGAAAACAAUUGAUCUUGGUACUAAGAUUGGAGUAGGAAUAGCUGUUGUGGUCUUUGGGCUGGUUUUUACUCUUGGAGACUUUCUUCCUGGAAGUGUUAAUCCACCAGAGGAAGCUGCAGUGAUUGACAAGAAACUGUCACAAGAACAGAAAGAUACUCUUGAGGUUAGACUGAAACAGUUUGAGGCUACCCUAAGUGCCUCCCCAAAAGAUGCAACUGCACUUGAAGGAGCAGCAGUUACGUUGACAGAAUUAGGUGAUUAUGCACGAGCAGCUUCUAUGCUUCAGGAGUUGGCCAAGGAGAAAACUAGUGACCCUGAAGUUUUCCGUUUGCUUGGAGAAGUUAAAUAUGAACUUAGGGAUUAUGAUGGCAGUGCUGCUGCUUAUAAACUUUCUGAUGCGGUGUCCAAAGAUGUCGACUUUGAGGUUUUACGUGGCCUUACAAAUGCAUUGAUUGCUGCUAAAAGGCCAUAUGAGGCUGUUCAAUACCUUCUGUCCUCUCGUGAACGCCUGAAUAUGGAAAGGUCAACUCGUCCUAAUUUCAAGGCUGACAGCAGUAAUAUGGAAACAGAGCCACAGAAUCUGGACCCUAUUCAGAUUGAUUUACUACUUGGAAAAGCCUAUUCAGACUGGGGGCACAUUAGUGAUGCAGUAGCUGUUUACGACCAACUAAUUUCUAGCCAUCCAAAUGACUUCCGAGGUUACUUAGCCAAGGGAAUUAUUUUGAAAGAAAAUGGCAAUGCUGGGGGUGCAGAGAGGAUGUUUAUACAAGCUCGAUUUUUUGCCCCCGAGAAGGCUAAAGCACUCGUAGAGCGCUACUCAAGACGGUGAAAGUUUCGGUGACUACAUGGGUAUUCCUCACAAGCCUCUCUGAUGUGAGUCAGCCACAUUCUUUAAAGAUGAUUAAUUAUAUGGUGAUAAUGUAGUUUUUCGUUUCAGUUUUGUCUCCGCUUUAGUUCCAAGAAUAUUGAAGUUUUCCCGUCAAAUUCAAUCGUAAGAUCGGCACGUUUCGUUCUUUUAUAUCCACAUGAACAUUUCAUUGGCAAAAAAUGUAGCAUAGGUGACAGCCACAUUCAUAGCAAAUAGUAAUGAACUCAAAUCCGUU